AUGAAGGGAUUAAUAUGGCCGUCAAAGAAUAAAAAACACUCCGGCCAAGGGAGUACUUCUCCCAGUGUCUCUUCAUCAUUGAGUCGUUCGAAAAAUACAUCAUCUACACGCUCACUUUCACCCUCAACAUCGACUUUGCAAUCGAAGAGGAAUAAUGCUUCGGGCAGUAGUCAUGGUCCUUUGGAAAAGAAUGCUAGCGGGAACGAACAUCAGGAAGCCUAUAACAAUAGACGGAAGAGUUCAGCUACCCUUUCGCUGAGAAACCAUUCUAAUCCAAGCAAUAAUCGAUCUUCGGGAAGCGUUUAUUUGUUAGAUUCUAACAGCAAGUCGAUGAAAAGCAUAGCAUCAUCAGGUCAUCGUUUUGAAGAGACUUCGAUGUUUUCUUCUGGAUCGAUUACCCGUGGUUCUUCAUCAGAGACAGAUGUCAACACCAAUGCUAAUGGUUCUGAAGUGAAUCUUAACCGAAACCAAAGUUCAGCCAGAGAUGAUCCUCCCUCGACAGAACAGUCUAAUUAUGCGCGGGAUCAGAAUUCUAAGCAGGAUGAGGAAAAGAACAUCAGAUCAUCAGCUAACACUGCAAUAUCAACAGAAUACAGGGUGAGCCUUAAUAAGGAUAAUUAUGACUCGAUCGUUUUCAAAUCGGGAUGGCUCAACAGAUCAAAUCACAUGUCGGCCUCGAUCUCAACUCAUCACUUGAGAUCCGCUGGUCAUUCUUCACACACUAAUAGAGAAAGUCGAUUUUAUCAUGACGCUCCAGAGCCGCAUAACAACAUCCCAGAGUAUCGGGUACAUCGAGCGCAGCUGAAGGGGCCUGUACUAAAUUUUUAUAAAAGUGGUUUACCUAGCAAUGUGAAAUAUUUUGAUCCCGCUGCUGGUGGUUCAAGAGAAGAUGCUACUUUACCUUCUACGAGCAGCUCAUCAGGAACCAUUACCGAGAAACAACCUGAGGAACAAUCAUGCGCUAUCGAAUAUUUGAGCGAUCAAUAUCCCCACCCUAAAGCGAAAUUAGAUAGUGGCGGUAAAAUUGUCGCUGGAAAUGUGGAGAGCUUGUGCCAUACAGUACUUUUCGCUCACUCGAAAGGUACAACCAAUGAUAUCAAGAAUCAGAGGAGUAUUAUCAAUCUCAUACUCAUCUUGCCUCUGAUAGACUAUUUCAGCAAGUUUUUACGAAUGUUCACUUGUUUUGGACUAACUUUUACUAAACAUCCUUCGAAAGUCUCUAACAGCUCAAAUCAGUACUGCAACAUCUCACCCCAAGUUGAUAAUCUGAUGACCGAAAGACUGGGACUAGUGGUGAAGACGAUACUAGAGAUGUUCCCAAGUUUUUUAUUGGAUGAUGAAACCUUCCAAGAAGUUAUAAAGCUUUUGGAUACUAUAUCCCUGCAUAAUGACGAGAUUUCGAAUUACCUGAAAAUUGCUGUCGCCGAUAAGCACAAUGAACUCAGUAACAUUACCGCCUUCAAUCGAAUGGGAGUAUCACAGGGCAAUUCUAAUAAAGAACUUGAAAAUCGGAGAGCCAAACUUCUAAGGGAUUUGAUGACCGUUGAGGAUUUCCUAAUAAUGGAUCUUGACAAACUAGCGAUGGAAGUGCAUGAAAUCAAUCUGAAAUUUGAUGCAGUAUGGGCACCCCGGUUUGAUUAUUCGCUUCUUUAUGAUUGCAAAUACAUCAACGGUGAUAUCGUUGCGCUAAAUCCUUUAACUUUUAACAACCAGAAGAACGUUCACUUUUUAGGCAGACUGCUGACUUGUCAUCUUUUGUCAAAUGACCGCAAGGCCAAUCGAAAUGCGAAACUUGGAGCUAAAAUUCUCACCAAAUGGGUUGAAUUUGGUGGAAAAUUUGAAGCUUUGGGUGACAUGGUUUCUUGGUUGGCUGUUGCGACAAUUGUCUGCUCUAUACCUAUUCUGAGACUGAAGUCUCUAUGGACACACGUCCCCGAGAACAUACUGAGGACCAUUUUUAAAGAUUGGAUCCCAACCAUUGCUCAACUGGAUAGAAGACAUUUAUCUUCAAAAUCUACCACCAGCGUCUUCAUUCUAGCACCGCCAAAUCUGGAUAAUCCUUUUAUCAAGUCCAACGUCAUCUCAUAUUUUGGUGAUCUGAUGAUACACGCAGAUGACUUACCUUCAGACACAAAGUUUAAAUAUUUGGAAAGAAAAGUCAAUAGAACCAAGAAUGCUUUUUUCAAAUGGCAGGAACGCUUACAGAAAAUAAAGCCUGGCAGUGGCGAAGUUAACUCCAAGACUAAAGACUUUAAUCCCGAUGAAAGCAAUAUAUGUCAGUUUUGGAGAUACCAUCUAUCUCAGACCUGCUUAAAUAUCGAUGACAUUAUGAAGCUAAGUCUUGCCUAUGAACCACCACAAAUAGACCAAGAAAGCUACUCCAACGUUGGAGUUCAACGUAGUCCACUUUCAAGUGGUAGCUUUCUUCCAAUUCUAUUCAAUGAGGUUUGUCCGAGCUACUCCCUUUUUCCCCAGGAUUCAUUGAUAGGCGCGGCGGGCGCUUCGGAUUCACAAGAUCCGUCUAAUGACCGUUCAGGCCCUUCUGAAUCAAGCUUCAAUUCAGCUGGACAGUUCUCCACAGAUUGCUUAUCAUCGAGUUCGCCCAACAACUCGAAUAGAAUUGUGUGGGCGGAGAAGCAUAUCACGGGGCUCGAGCAAAUCGAUGCGCCAUUGAUGAAAGAACUCUCUUCGAAACAAUCUAAUAGGCAGCAUAUGUUGAAAUGCAUCCGUGAUGCUUUCAAUGUUGACAGUGACAUUUUUCAUGUCGCUGACGAUCUAAUUUUCAAAUCAUUGAAUGAUUUUGAUGUUAAUUCGAGGCCUUCCAGUGUGGUCAUAGAAACACCCAAAAGAUUCUCACAGCAAUCUUUGAAUAAUGGCAACCAUGUAAGCCAAAGGGACAUUGAAGACACUCCCAGCAGACUAAGCCGAACACUUGAGAAUAUGGACUUUUUCAGCAAUAUAGGAAAAGUAUCUGAGACUCUGAAAGAAUCUGUUAUUGAGGUCGUGCUAAAAUCAGGCUCCUUAGAAAGGCUAUACGAUCUUCUGGUUUUGACAGCUAGUGUAUUCUCCAAGCUAAUAGAUACCAAAGAUUUGGAAAAGUAUUACCAACACAAGAGACACCGGUCGCAACUAGGCGCCAAUCGCAGCUCUUUUAUGGAAGCAGACUCUAUAGGGCUACUUGAUUAUGCAUUUGUGAAAUUGACCAUGGACAUGGACGUUUACACAGAAACAUUCUUCAAUUCAUAUAAAAGCUUCGCAACUACAACAUCAGUGAUCGAAAAUUUAGCCAGGCGGUAUGUAGGGGCCAAAAGUUGCGCCUUCUCAAUAUCGCAGUGUUUGAACGCUACUAGUGGGUCCAAGGUUCAACAGUUCGAGAAUAUUCAAAAUGGUAAAAAAUUCCCCGUUUGGGAUACAAAGGUAGGUAACGAUGACAGUGUUAGCGCACUAAUCUGGGUUAAAAUACAAGUUGGGGCUGCCGAGGCAUUGCUAAAUCUGGUUGAACACCAUUACGCUGACUUCACUGACGAUAUGAAGUCAAAUGCAACUCUCCUGGAUUUUCUCAAAGUCAUGGAGCAAGAUGUCACUAGUGAAUGGCCUAAACGAAUAAGGAAAGUUAAAGAGAGUGAUCAUGUCGACGAAUUGAGUGAAAUAGAGAGCCUUGUCUCCAGUUUACAUGAUCUUUUCAACGCUGUAAGAAGUUGCUACCAAAAGCAGUUGUACAGACCUUUGGGUAUCGACAGAACUUUCAGGAAAGUUACAGGUCUGCUUAACUCUUUUCAUAAGAUGUCGCUCACGGAUUAUAACAAGUACCUGAGCUCCAAUGAUUUUGAUGAUCCAAUGAUCACCAGCUUUCGCCAAUUGAAAUUUGAUCAAUAUGAGAGCAUCAUAAACUGGAUCUAUUCUAUGGACUACUUUAUUUUCAAGAAGUUUCAAUUUGCCACCAAGCAGGAUUGGUUCGCAACAUUUCAAAAACUAGAAGCUACUUCAUGCGAGUCGCUCACGUCGUUAUAUUGCUUACCUUUGCAUUCAGUCUCGUACAAUCUUAUUACCUCAGGAUCAGCACGCUUAGACGAUUUAGAAGUUUCCAAUGUUUUCGCAUGGAUAUCCAAUCUUGAUGGUAACCCUGCGGACGGGACUCAACCAGUACUCAACAAAUUACCUGAAGCAAUACAGCUUCUGAUAAAACUGCAUAUGUCCUUAACAGUUUUUUUCAUGAUAGAAGUUACAGAUCUCGAGAAAUCCGUAGAAGAUCGUAUCAAUACAUGUGCUGUUGUGCUACAAAUUUUGAAGUACGUGCGUUGGAAAAAUUCAUCGCUUGAUCUCUUCAAAGCAGACGGCGAGGGUUCAGUUUCCCCCCAUAUCCCAUCGUUUAUCGAGACUGCUAUUAUUAAUGCUACUGUAUCACCUGAAUCUCGAUAUUACGAACAUGCCUGGAGCUCCGCCUACGAAUUACUAUCAUCUUCCCGACACCGUUCUCCAGGAAAGAUAAGUACAUUACUGAUCGAAAUUAAUGACGAGAAUAUUAAAUCAUUUAGUGACUUUGAUGAAGCCCAUAUGUUGAAACCCAAGAACCUCUGUCCGUGUCCAGGUUGGAUUGUGCAACGCCUCUUAGAGAUCUCCCAGUUUGUUCCGAAUAUGAGUAUAAUGAAUUCUAAACUUAUCAACUUCGAUAAGCGAAGAUUUGUUAACAAUUUUGUUUCAAAUAUUCUUGAUCUCACUGCCUCGCUUGAGGAGGACAUCACAAGCCAUGGCAAUAUCCCGUUUAGUAUUUCACUUUUCCAAAGUUUCAUCGAUCCUGCAAAAGCUUUCAAGCGAAGCGCAAGAAACCUUGCAAUGGCCGAAGGCAAGCUGUUAAAGUAUCAAGAAAAAGGACUUUUCAAUGAGAUUCUGGCACAGGAGAUAGACAAAACUAAGCGUGAUCACAAGAAAAUCGAGAUCUUGAGUGCGCAGGAACGCGAUAUAAAAAGAUCGGCGAUUCUUCAGCAGAUGAUCCAGCGAAAGCAGCGAAGCUCUGUUAUUAUCCCAAGCUUGCAAAGAAAUGAUGUGGCUUCUCCGCCAUUAUCGAAAAUUCCUUCUUCUGCCGCUUCAUCUUCACUAUCUAACACCUCUAGGGAUAAAAGGAGCUCUGCCGCAUCUUAUGGCUCCAGAAAUUCCGUCAUCUCAACUUCAGGACACAAUCAUAUGGGAAAAAAAAUUGGUGGAUUCUUUAAAAGACCAUUUUCCAUCGGAGGAUUUAACUCUUCCGCCUCAAGCAGCUCCCUGAGUAGCAUCUUAAUUCCUGGCAUUCAAGAUGACGGCUCUGUUUCUCCUGAUAAUUUACCAGCUUUGGAUCCGUCAACAAUGCAAGACCAAAAACCCGUUUUUUCUAUUAAAACUUUCGAGAUAAAGUCUAUUAUAGAGGUUGUUAAUCAUCAAAGAGAUCCAGCACACCUUUCAUCGUUCAAAAUUUUGAUGCAUGAUGGGCAUGAGCACAUGUUCCAGGCUCCGAACAGAAGGGACCUGGUGGAGUGGAUUGAGAUGAUAAAAGCUUCAAAGAGGUAUGCCUUUCACUCGAAGAAAUAUAGAGGCCAAACGCACAAUAAGCUCUUUGGGGUGCCGCUUGAAGAUGUAUGCGAAAGAGAAGGUACGAAUAUCCCCACUAUUAUAGUGAAACUACUGGAGGAAAUAGAGAUACGAGGCCUCGAGGAAGUCGGGCUUUAUAGAAUUCCAGGUUCAGUGGGUAGCGUAAACGCCUUAAAGAACGCUUUUGAUCAAGAGGGGGCUGUCGGGAACUCCUUCACUUUGGAGGAUGACCGGUGGUUCGAGAUCAAUGCAAUAGCAGGCUGCUUCAAGAUGUAUCUGCGGGAGCUGCCCGAUUGUCUAUUUUCGAAUGAGAGAAUUGAUGAUUUUGUUCAAUUGGCCUUCCAGCUGAAGACCUCCGAAAUAACUGAAGAAGCUUACAGGACGAGAAUGAUAGCCCUGUUGCAGGAGCUACCAUCCUGCUAUUAUCACACAUUGAAAUUGAUCUUUUUUCACUUGAAUAAAGUUCAUCAACACAUGCAUAAGAAUCGUAUGGACGCAUCGAAUUUGGCGAUUGUAUUUUCUAUGAGCUUUAUUAAUCAGGACGAUCUGACGAACAGCAUGGGCUCCACCUUGGGGGCUGUACAAAGUAUUUUGCAAUGUUUCAUAAAGUCGCCUGGCGACUAUUUUAGUGUUUGA